CCUACGUUACGGCGACCACUCAGUUCGAAAGUAGACUCACGCUUGUGUAGACGCCAUCGCGUUAAACAAACGCGCACGCGCGCUCUCGGAUACGGUGGAAAUCUAAAUUCAAAUCUGACAUAUCGGAGUUUUAAUUUUCUAUAUUCUACAAAAAGUGGCCAGUGCUGUGUUUUGAAUUUUUGAAUCUAAAUCGAUCUGUACAUUCGACACCCGAAUUGGAUACCGAUUAGCGUAUCGAUACUUCGAUACCCAUUGGAUUGUUUAUUGUAUUAAGGAAUAAUGUUCUCGCACUGAGCCAGCAAUGGACGCGCUCACGUGGUUGUCACUCGGUCUCCAGUUCGCGGCACUAUGCUCCAUCGUGGGGGCGUUGCUGCUGUACCUGUUGAGGAAGGUCAGGGUAGCUGAGGUGCUGCCUGCAGACAGCGCUAAGACAGUGCUUGUCACAUCUGUAGAUACGGCACUUGGAUUACAAAUCGCAACAUACCUGAGUAGUCGAGGAUGGCGAGUCAUCGCUGGCUGCAGGACGGGUGGCCUGGGCGCCCGGCUGGCCGACUCCUGGCUUCAAGCCCACAUCGCCACCACUCCCGAAGACCAGCCGAAGCCGAGACUCGUGACCCUCGAGUUGGACGUGGCUAGAGAAGAUUUACUGGAGGAAGCGGCUAGAGCUACUGCACAGCAUUUGCCGGCUGGAGAACACGGCAUUUGGGCGGUGAUUAACACAGCAGGCAGCAGUGGUCGCGGCGGGGCGACGUGCUGGGAGGCGGCGCUCCGAGGCAACGUGCUCGGAGCCCUACGCGUCGCCCGCACCUUCUCGCCUCUGCUCGCCGCUGCUGCUGCCGACCAUCCACAUGCUGGCAGGCUGUUUUAUAUUGGGUUAACAUCAGACACAGCAUGUGAGAGCCUGUCCCGCGUCGAGGCGGGUGAGACGGGUGAGAACAGCGCGGGCGCCGCGGCCGCGCGGUGGGGCGUCUGGGGCGCGGCGCGAGCGCUGCGGGCGGGGCUGCGCGCGCGUCGCCUGCACGUGGUGCUGCUGCACGCGCCUGAUCUAGCAGCUCACGAGAUUUACUCGCCACCAGCGCUGCUGCAGCCGCCUAGCCAGCCAGCUAGUCGUCCCGAAACACCAAGUUCGGAAGUAAGCGCCGGUACCGCGAGCUGCGCAGUCACAAUGCCAGGAGAAGCCGCAGAGUACAGCGCCAAGAUCCUGCCCACGAGUGCACUGAAGGUUCUAGAAGACGCCCUAACAGUGCCCUCACCGAGAGACGCCUACUAUCUGAAGGUCAAACAAGACUCCUGGUUCACCAGGAUGCCUUCAUUGAGAGUCGCACACUGAAGGAACAGUGUGACCAAUCAUUUGUACACUGCCAAUAUAGGUCGCAUGUCACAACCAAGUUAUAUUCUGAUAAAUAUCCGCACAGAAUGCAUGAACGUCUGCUUAACUACAAGUUACAUGAUUGAGAUAUUCAUAAGGCAAUGUGUGUGUCACUUUAUUUUUUAAAGCCGUAGUUAAGCUUUCGUUAUUUUGUUAAGGAUUUAAUCAAUGAUCAUUGAUGUUGAAUGAAUAUUUCUUGUCUGAUUUUUACACACGAUCACCACUAUUGAGGUGAAGGGUCCAAACUUUCUAACAUCGAAAAUCUAACUUGUCAUCAUAUAAUUGUUAUUUUGUAUGCUUUAAUUGAGUCAGUUUUUAAUUUUAUAUUUUAUUAAGUUUGCCAUUCGGGCUGAUUUUGCAAUUUAUACUCAUUUAUCUGUACCUAAAUAUAAUAUCAUAAUCUAUAUUGUAAGAUUUUAGCGACCCGUGGCUCCCUGAUAGAUCGAAGAUACGGGAGGACGGAGAUAAAGCGCUUGCAGUGCUUGAAGAUAUAAAACGAUAUAUUUCUUAGAGUUAUAUUCCUUGUUAUUUACACUUGGAAUAGCCUAAUCUUACACGGUGACUGAAAAUCUUUGCUAAGUGUAGCAUUCUUAUUGCAUAGAAAUUUUAUAUGUGGGAAUUGUACAUAAAUAUUUCAAGCUCACAUCGUGUCAAUUAUAAAACUUUUGAGAGUAUGAAAACUGUAUACUAUACGCUAUGAUAUCAUCCAGUGAAGCCAGUAUAAAAUUACGGUUUCAUAUAUUUCUGUAGUGUUUGUACGAUUUCUGAGUUGUUUGUAUUAGGUAGUCGUCACUAGCGUGUUGAAGCGAUAUGAAUCAUAAUCAUGUAAAUAAUGUUUGUGUUGUAUAAUAAACAUUUUAUCUAUAAAUA